AUGGAGGCCAGAGCCCUCUGCCCUUCCUGGGCAAAGCAGAUGAGUCAGUCUGCCCAUGGGGCUGCCUGCAGUUCCACUGCUCUCCUCUUUGGGGCGCUGUUGCUAUGCAGCCUCAGCACCGGGUCCAAACCUGAGGGGGCCCCAGCAGUAAAACCAGCAAUGGUGGGGCUGAAGGCAGCACCUCCAAAACAAUGGGGCGCUGGAAGAUGCAGGACAGAUUCAGGGACAGGCAGUGACAGGGAUUUAGCCUACACCAAGGAAGGGGCAAGGACCCAGGCCUCAGAAGGGGCAGGAGUGGAGGGGCUUGGAGGUGGGAAGAAGAUGUCCACAGCAGCCAGAGCCGGAUGCCAGAGCCCAGCACUGGAUGAAGCCACGCCGUGCCUAGCCAGCUGUGUCUGCACUUCCCGGGCAGUGAACUGCUCUCGCUCGGGGCUGGCAGAGGUUCCUCCGGGAGAGCCCUGCUCCUGGAGAGUGACCGUUCUGGACCUGUCCCACAACCACCUGAGCCAAGUCCGAGCGGAGGAGCUGGCUGGAUACCCCAGCCUCCAGGUGCUGGAUUUGAGCUACAACUGUAUCCGCACCAUAGAGGAAGGAGCCUUCCACCACCUGGGCAGACUGCAGUCUCUCAAGCUCGUCUCUAACAGCCUCGUGUGCAGCUGCUCCUUGCGCUGGCUCUGGGCCUGGGUGCGAGAGAAGGGGCCGCUCGUGAGCGAUGCGGAGCCGCUCCAUUGCUUCCAACCAGCAGGCUCCAGCAGCAUCGGGCUAGUGGGGGCGGAUUUCUCAGCUCUGACCUGUGCGGCUGAUUUUAUCUCCUGUGUGAAGGACCCAGAGACCAGGAGAGAGACAGUCCUGCUCUACUCCUACCUCCACCCUGGCACGCAGAGUCAGGCCUCCUGCCACGCGCUCUGCUCUCAAAAGGCGCACACCCAUUAUGGCCUGGACUUGGAGGACCGCUGCCUGUGUGGGUCACUAGGCAGCAAAGGGGCCGUGGACUGUGGGAAAGUGUGCUCCAAUGAAAUCCGGAGUCGUGUGUGCAAUAGAACGGUUGUCCAUGCCGUGUAUCCUGUCCAGGUGAGCCUCUCGCUCUCUGCUCGGCCCCAUUACAGUCUCUAUGAGGUGAUUGAAUUCACCGCUGAGACCCUGCUGCCGGGGACCUUGUACACCUGGAACUUCGGAGACGGAGGGGAGCAGUUCUCCAGCAGCAGCCCGAGAGCUCGGCAUACGUACGCCCUCCCUGGCAUCUACGUGGUGACAGUCAGGGCUCAGGUUGGGGGGAGGUCCCUGCUCCAUAGAGCUGCUGUCAGCGUGAUCUUGCCUGUGGGGCCGGUGGGCAUAGAGUGCCCCAGGGCAGUGGGGAGAGGAGAGAACAUCAACAUCUGGAUCCACAGCCAGCAGGGCACUGACCUCUCCGUCCUCUGGAGGAUAAAGAUGCCAAGUGGACAAGAGACUCUGGAUGAAUCCUCUUGCCCUCAAGGUGGACGGAUCCAUUUACAGAAUCUGAACUGCUACUGGCUCAGCCACGCCCAGGAGACCUGGCAGGAUGCGAGAAGGCUCUGCCAGGGGAUCCCCGGUGGAGAUCUGGCAGUUGUAAGAACUCAGGAGGUGCAGAGCUUCCUGCAGGAGACUUUCUCUGGUGCCGGUGUGGUCUGGAUUGGGCUCAGCUCCUUGGGUUCCUUGCGCUGGGUCGAUGGGAGCCUUGUGGACUCGUUCCAGAACUGGACCCCCUUCGGUCAGCCCGAGGGCAAGGAGAGCUGCGUCCAGAUGCACCUCCUCGACACAGAAGGGGUUUGGAGCAGUAGCCCGUGCUCUGCAAAGUCCUCGUUCCUCUGCGAGAGGAGAGCUGGAGUCACCCUGCCCAGCCCAGAUGUGUUCCUGACGGGCAUGCCGGUGUUCAGCGGAGUCUAUGACGUGAGGAAUGUCAGCACCGAGCCGCUGCCUCCUCUCCUGGGGCCUGACAGCAUUGAGUUGAUGCUCUUUCCAGGCCUCUGGUUCAGCCACGCUGGUAUUCUAGUCUCCAUAGACUUCGGGGUACAAGGAACAAAGAAGCCUGUUCUGGUCCGGUUCCAGAUCCUCCGCCCACAUUGCAACCCCAACCAGCACUUGGUUCCUCCCGGCUGUGAGCUUCUUCACACGCCAUUCGCCUGCUGUCACCCCCGGCCGCUCUGCAACACCACGGGUUGGUGCCCCAGCGGGCAGCAGUGGUGCCCACUGAGUGAAGGCUGCUUGAACAUCUCCAGUCCUUGCAGCUCUUAUGCCUUUGAGAAUGUGACUUCCAGCAUCCUACCCAUCCGAAACCCACCACGUUACAGCGGGACCCCUCCCUUCUACUCGCCCGUGGCUGACUUCCCCCUGCUACUAGCUCCCAGCAGCGCAAACAGGCAUGUCCAGGUUCUCCUGCCUAGAGAGGAGAUCAGUGUGUAUCCGGAUGACAUUAUCGGAAUGCAGCAUAACGCAGAGGUGAGCUCCCUCCUCCGGUGCCUGCAGCAGUCCCAUUCCCCCUGGCGGCAGAGCUAUAUCAGCCUCGUGAAGGCUGGCUGGUGGGAGGGAAGCAUCAGCAGCUUUACCAACCCCACCUGGGUGGACCAUGUCGUCUGUGACCUCCGAGUGACCUUUGUGGGCAAGCCCCGGAGCUUUGCUGCCACGCCGCCGCUGGCCAGGCAUUCGGAACGCGGGGCGUACACCUACACGGCAACGGUGAGGAAUGCAGUCAGUAGCAGGAAGAUGAACUGCACAGUGGAGGUGCAGACCAAGGUCGGUGGGCUGCAGAUUAUCCACCCGAUGCCGGUCAGCGGGAAGCUCAACGUGGCCACCAAGAGAGAGACUCUGAUUGUCAUCAAGAUUCUCUCCGGCUGUAAUGCCAUGGCUCACUGGAUGGCACCCGUGGGUAAGCCUGGGGUGUUAUUUGAGGCCACCUGCCCGGGCAGCAUUGUAACACAUGUCCCCGCCUGCCACAGAGACACUGCAGAUACCUGGUUCUCCUCUGCCCUGCUUCGCAUGGAGGAGCCGAGAAUGGAGACACUGAAUGUGCUGGUGUCCAAUGAGAUCAGCACCCAGAAGCUGUCGGUGAAGAUCCAGUCGUAUAAUGCCAUCGAGGGGCUCCGGGUGGUGCCGCCUGGCCCCCGCAGGAUGCUAGUGGAUGUGUCUCAGGUGUUCUCUGCAGAGCUCACCCAGGGCUCCUCUGCCUCCUACAGCUGGGUCAUCGACAACAUGGACAUGUUCGCCUACAACGGACAGACCUACAGCGUCAAGUUCAAGAGGCCUGCCACAUACCAGCUGAAGCUGAGAGCUGAGAACCCUGUGAGUUCGGAGGUGGUGGAAGUGGCGCUGACACCCGAGGCUAUGAAUCCACUAGCCAACCCCGAGAUAGUGGGGCUCCCUGGGGUGGUGGCAGUUGACACCCUCCAGACUCUGGUGUUCAGGGUGGAAGUGGACACUGCCAUGGAAGUCAUUGUGAGGUGGGGCUUUGGGGAUGGCAGCCCGGAUGUGGAGAGCCUGCUGUCUCCCCCCUACGAUUCUCAGCUGUCACGUCCAGAUCCACAGGGAGAGAGGGUCCAGGUGCUGGCCAGAGUGACCCACACGUACACUCAACCAGGCGACUACUCAGUGACCGCAGAGGCCGUCAACAAAUACGAUCGAGUGGAGCGGGUGGCCAAAGUCCGUGCAGUCUGCCCCAUAGCUUCCGUGACCAUUCUGGUGACUCCAACCUCCCCGCUGGUGAACGAGGUGACCAAGUUCAAGGCGUUACCCCGCCCUUCCCCCUACGGCGUUGUUUACUCCUGGAACUUCAGUGAUGGCUCUCCCACGCAGGAGGGAGUGAAUUCGCUGGUGCACCACUGCUUUGAGAAGAGCGGGGUUUACAACGUGAUGCUGCGGGCCAACAACAGCUUCAGUGAGGUGCCGUCUGACAUAGCUGUGAUGGUCAGUGAAGGUGUCACGGGUCUCCGCGUGGUGGCCAGCGGACCUACUGAGCUGGGUUCAGCCACAGUUGUCAACGCCAUGUUGGCCUCUGGCACAGAUGUCCUGUGGACUUUUAACAUGGGGGACGGGUUCGUUUACAGCAACCUGAAUCUAAGCUUCGUCUCUCACACCUUCACCAAAGAAGGCAACUACACGGUGACGGUGAUGGCUCACAAUGCUGCCGCCUCUACCCGUGUCUCCACCAUUGCAGAGGUUUACCGGCUUCAGAUCACCAACAUCCUAGCACCCAUCUGUCUCUCCAGUGGGGAACAGACUCCCUUCCAAGCAGUAGUAACGGGGCCGAGCAAAGGAGUUCAGUUCUGCUGGGAUUUCCAAGAUGGCAACCCCCCUUCUGUUGGGGACGGGGACCCCACGGUCUUUCACAGCUACCCAGCGGCGGGGAGCUACAAGCUGAACCUGACUGUACGUGGCACAGUAAGCACCACCUCUCGCCAACUGGCCAUCUGCGUAGAGGAUCGGAUCCGCUCGGUUAAGCUGACGGCACCGACGCUGGUUUUAGCUUUAGGGGAACCCACGUGCUUCCAGGCUGAAGUGGUUCCAGUGCCGGACCCCCAGCACCAAUAUCAGUACCACUGGGAUUUUGGUGUUGGUGAGGACCCAGUGACCUCAGGGUCUCCAGAAAUCACAUUCACCUACCUGGAAGGAGGAUCGUACCGGGUGACGGUCACUGUGUGGAACAUGGUGAGCCGGCAAAAUGCCUCAGCAGAUAUCCUGGCUCAGAGGGUGAUUGGCACCAUCUCCAUUCUCCACAGCGGUAAAACAGAGAGCUUUCUGGCACUGGGCACCUCCUACCUCUUUACGGCUGAGGUCCCCUGGGACAGUGUGGCCACCUUCCUGUGGAACUUUGGAGACCAUUCUCCCCCGCGGGUAGGUCAGAGCACCUCCCACACCUACUACACAGCCGGAGACAUCACCGUCACCGUGACCGGAGAAAACCAGGUCAGCCGUAGAAACGCCUCGCUUGACAUUACGGUCCUGGCCCCAGUGCGGCUGCUGGCUCUGAGCACUGAGCGGCCAGUCUGUGAAGUCAGGCAGGAGGUCACCUUCCACGCCUCUCUGGCGGCAGGAGACCAGGUGCGCUACCUCUGGGCUAUUGGAGAGCCACGUGGCUUUCAGAAGGGGGCCACCACUUUCUCCCAUGCCUUCCCUGCCGCCGGCGUCUUCGUGGUUUUUGUCGCAGCUGAGAAUGCAGUGAGCAUGGAGAAGGCGAACAUCACUAUUGAGGUCCAGGAGCGAGCCCAGGGGGUUCAGAUCCACAGCGGGAACGUGGUGCAGGGCAGGUACCUGGCAUCUGCCGAGCCCUUUAUGCUGACCGCCGAGGUUACCCAGGGCUCCAACCUCACCUUCCGCUGGGUGAUUUCUCUAGGGCUGCGCCGGGUGUUCACCGCAACAGGACAGUCGCUCACGUACUGUUACAAUGCGAGUGGGGAGCUGCUGGUGGAGGUGAGAGCUGGGAACGUGCUGGGAGAGACGUCUGCUGGCCUUGCCCUGCAGGUGGUGGAGAGAGCCUGCGGUGUGAAGGUCCGGGCAGCCAGCGACAGCGUGGCUGUGGGAAAGCCAGUGAACCUGUCUGUCUCUGUGGCCUCUGGGACUGAUUUGCUCUAUUCCUGGCACAUCGAGGAACAUGCCCAGCCCAUGCUCACCAACUCCUCUUCUCUGUCCUACGCUUACUCCACCCUGGGCUCCAAGCUGGUGUUCGUCACCGUCUCCAACGUUCUCGGUUCUAGCAACGGCUCCACAGAGCUGAGAGUCCAGGAGCCCGUUUCCAGGGUGAGCUUCACGGUGGAAGGAAGCUCUCCCCCCUUCUUCUUGAUGUCAGACACCUCUAGGCAGCUCUGGGGCUCGGUGGCUGCAGGCUCUGAUGUCGCAUGGGAGUGGCAGCUGCGGGGGAAGGAGAAGCAGCAGCUCUUCCAUGGACAGAACGUCUCCUGCGAAUUCAGUGCGGCUGGAGUCUACCAGGUGGACCUCCGAGCCUGGAACGAUGUCAGCGAGGACACAGUCCAGCAUCCCGUGGCCGUCCAAGACCCCGUGGCUGGGCUGGCAGUGGAAGUGGACAGGCAGGACGUGUGCACCGACGACAGGGUAGUCUUCACUCUGCACACCCAGAGGGGCACGAAUGUGAGCUUUGCUCUCACCAUCCCCUCUUUGGGGCUCAGCCUGGAUGUCUGCGGAGGAACGCAUCACUUCUCUUUCCCGGCGGCGGGUUCUCAUCGGGUGCUGGCGUCGGCCUCCAACAACGUCAGCAUGCAGCUAGCCUCCGUUGUGGUGCAGGUGCUGGAGAAGGUUCGGGGGCUGCACAUCUCCAAUUGCUGCCCGGCCAUCGUAGAGUCCAACAAGGAGCUCACACUCACGGCCCAGGUGCGAGCCGGGGAGAAUGUCACCUUCUUCUGGAUCUUUCACCUCCCUGGGCACCCUGCCUAUGAAGCAGCAGGCCAGCAGGUUGGGUACGUGCCACCCGGAGCAGGUAACCUGACCAUUCACGUAGAGGCCAGUAACCCGUUCUGUGCCGCGUCUCUGACGGUGACCGUGGCCCUGCAGGUGCCCAUAGAGGGAGCCACCCUGUCCAGCAAUGGGACUGGGGCUUUCCUCAAUCAGACGGUGGCAUUUGACGUGGCGGUCAUGGGUGGCAGCGAUCUCCGCUCCGAGUGGAAGUUCGGGGAUUCAGAGGAGACGUUUGCCGGCGGCGGGGACGAGAGGAUGUUUCACCGUUAUGGCCGUGCUGGGGAUUUCUUAGUGGAGGUGAAGAUCUACAAUGAGGUCAGCUUUGUCCUGGUGCAGACGACGGUCACCGUGCGGGAGCUGGGGUGUGACAGCCCCAUGGUGAGACUGGUGGAGCCGCCCUCCUCUGUCCCCAGAUCCCGCACCAGCUACUUUGAGGCCAGCAUAGACCUGAAGGGCUGCACGGCCUACAAGGCCCUGUAUCUCUGGGAGGUGUUCAGCAGCCCCAGCUGCGAGCAGCUGGCUGAGGCCGACCAGGUACCCCUGCAGCACGCGGACCUGCUCACCCCGUCACUCACGCUCCCCAAGCUCUCACUGGACAUCGGCACCCACUGCCUGCGCUUCACUGCCUCUCUCCAGCACACCCCUCUGGCCCGGACGCUUUCCCUGCUCAUCACCGUCAUCCCCAGCAAGUUGGUUCCCGUCAUCCGAGGCGGGUCGUGGAGGAGCUGGUCUGCCCAACUGGACCUGGUUCUGGAUGGCAGUGGGUCGUACGACCCCGACGUGGGGACGGACGCAGACCCCUCCCUGGAAUAUCACUGGGGCUGUGAGAAUGUGUCCUCGCCCCGGUGUGCCCCACCUCGCCUGCAGGGCGGUGCCAGCAUCACCGUUCCCCGCACUGCGCUCUGCAGAGGCACUGGCUAUCGCUUCAUUCUCACGGUGAAGAAGCCGGGGAAGGAACCAGUCUCCGUGGCCCAGAUGGUUUGGAUCGAGCCCGGCCAGAUCCUGCCCGUGACCAUCGAGUGCCGUUCUUGCAGUGCCCUGUCGAGUUAUGAAAUCAGCAGGAGUGUCCACGUCACUCUGGCCGGACAGUGCCAGAGCUGUGACAACAGGACCAUGUACAAGUGGACGGCUCAGAGUUCAGACGGACAAAAUUUGACCCUGGACCAUGUGACCACCUCCACGGGGGACUCGAACCGGGACCUGGUGAUCAGACAAGGGGUCCUGCGGGACGGGGUGAAUUACUCUUUCACGCUGUCAGCCUCCCAGCCCGGAGGGGAGCUGCAGGGGGGAUCCAGCAUCACUCUGACCCCCAACAACCCGCCCAGGGGAGGGGUCUGCACCCUGACACCCGAACACAACCUCUACCUCCUGGAGACUCUGGUCUCAUACCAGUGCACAGGCUGGGUGGAUGAAGACAGCAGCCCAGUGCAGCUGAUUUACACCCUGGUUGCUGAACGGUGUUCCCCCGGCGGCAGGCACUGCCAGCACUUCUGCCUCUACCGAGGGAUCAAAUCUUCCUUCAGCACCUUCCUCCCUGCGGCCACGGGCGGCAGCCGCACCACUGUCAACGUCCUGGUUGAGCUGGAGGACUCGCAGGGGGCGAAGACCCUGGCCCUGAAUCGGACCCUGACUCUUGCCAUGCCGGUGCUCCCGGCGGGCUUCCCGACUGUCACCAGCUGGCUGAAGAACAAGAGCCAAUCAGAACUGUGGGGUGUGGUCCAGCAGGGCAACCCCCAGGAGGUGAUCCCAUACUCCCUGGCCCUCAUCACGGUGCUGAAUCAGAACUCGGGCAGUCGGGGCAAUGAGGGGGAGCUGAGGGACCGGAUCUCCAUCCGCAGCAACGUCACCGCAGCCCUGGCCUCCCUCAAUAUCUCCAGUGUGAAGGAGGCUGCCCAGCUGAGCGCGGCGCUGCAGCAGUGUGUGGCGUUUCCAGGAGAACUCAGCCUCGAGAGCCAGGCCAGGACCCUGGCAGCAGCCCAGAGAAUGAUCGAAGUCAUCAGCUCGGAGACAGAGGAGGGUCACGAGACGCCCACCUCCGCCGGCAACAGCAUCCUGGGGAUUCUGGGGAGCACGUUAUCAGCACUGGACACAGCCCCCCACCCGCCUCUGUCUGGGGGCCCUGGUCUCAGCACGGCCUUGACCGCCUUCAACCUCACCCGUGCCCUGAUGAAGUCCCUGAUGAGGUCCCGGGUCCUGAAUGAGGAGACCUUGUUGCUGUCUGUCUCGGAGAUCCACACGCAGGGCAAGAGGGCCAACUCCCCCAACCUGCUGUGCCUGGCGCCCUCUGAGCGGUGUCUCUUCUCCGUGCCCAGCGCGGUGGCCAGGCAGCUGGCGGGGAGCCAGGAGGUGGUGCAGGUGCUCAUGGAUUUCUCCGUCAACCCCUUCCCAUUCAACUACUACGCCAACUCCUCCAUCUCCACCCGCCUGGCGCUGCUGGAGUUCACCACUCCUGGAGGGGCACCCAUCCCAGUCUCCAACCUGUCCGAGGAGAGGGCUAUCGGGCUGAGGCUGCCGACUGGGCAGCAGGAGCAACAGAGCUCCCCUCCGACACUCAUCCUCCUCCCUCCUGGGGAAUCGGUCAACUUCACAGUGAGGGCCUUGGCGGGGAGCCGUGCCGAGGGGGUGCACAUCCGCAUUGGCGUCACCGUGCAGGAGGGUUUUGACCCUAGCCAGGAGAGAGAGCCCUCGAUCCAUUUCUACGGGCACUACGCUCCGGUUCCCAAUGAGUUCCACUACGCCUGGAAGGAAGAAAUGCUCUUUGACAGCCUGCAAGGAGGCAGCAGCAGGGAGGUCACCAUCUUGCUUUCAUCUCCCCACAGCUUCAACGGGAUGCUCCGAGACUAUCACGUCAACAUCACCAACCACUUCUCCCAGGCGCCCGUCAGCGCCGCGGUCACGGUCUUUGCCAGCCUCUGCCAGUACUUCCACUUCCCCAGCAUGCAGUGGAGUACAGAGGGCCUGAGGCCGACGGCCGCCACCAGCCGGAAGGAGAUUGUGUGCCUGACAGAACAUCUCACCGUCUUUGGAGCCAGUCUCUUUGUGCCACCUCACAGCAUCCUCUUCCUACCCCCGAGCAAGCGCGCCAGGCAGGCUCCGCUGGUGGUGAUUACCUGCUGUGUGCUCUUCGCCAUCUACCUGGGGAUGGUGCUGAUCGCCCACAAGCUGGACGACAUUGACAUCACCCGGGUGGGCGUCGUCCCUCGCUGCGGCCAGCCCGGACGGUACAAGUACUGGGUAAUGGUGAAGACUGGCUGGAAAAGAGGAUCAGGUACCACUGCCCACGUAGGGAUCAGCUUAUAUGGGCUGAACAAAAGUGGCUCUCGCCACCUGGACAAGGGCUGGGCCUUCCAGAGAAACAGCCAGGAUAUUUUCCAGGUGGAGACUGAUGCAAACCUGGGAGAGAUCUGGAAGAUCCGCAUCUGGCAUGACAACACUGGGCUGGACCCUUCCUGGUACCUGCAGCAUGUCGUUGUCUGGGACAGACAGACAGACCAUAUGUAUUUCUUCCUGGUGGACGACUGGCUGUCAGUGGAAAAUGAGCACAACGAAGGACUGAUUGAAAAGGAAGUCUUGGCUGCAUGCCCACAGGAGCUGAGAUGCUUCUCUCGAGUUUUCCCUGCCCAGCUGCGUCUUGGCUUUUCUGAUUGGCAUGUGUGGCUCUCCGUCUGGGGCCGCUCUCCCCACAGCCGCUUCACCCGGGUGCAGAGGGUUACCUGCUGCGUGCUUGCUGUGUACCUCUUCCUGGCCAUAUGUGUGCUCUGGUAUGGAGCCAUCGGAGUUGAGGGCUACAGUGUUCCCUUGGGAAGCCAGGUUUCAGUAACAGCAGAGAGCAUUGCUGUGGGGAUGGUCGUGGCUGUGGUGGUCUUCCCGAUACAGCUUCUCUUCACUUUCAUCUUCAGGAAAACUCGCAGUAAGGUGGUUGUGGAAGACCCCGACCCACCUGUGCAGGACUCUCAGACUGUGGAGAUGGAGGUGUGCCUGGAGCACGCUGACCUAGGCAGCUCCUCCUUCCUGUCUAUCCCAGGGGGGAUGGAGUCCAUCAUGGACGGGAGCUCUGUCAGUGGUGAGUCGCCUGGGAGUAGAAGGCCAGGGUCCACCCAGGAGAAUCUCACCAAAGUGGGCAACGCAAGGGUCGCAAAACGCUGGCCCUCCUGCGACAGCAUCUUCGACGUCCCAGAUCUUCUGAACUCGGACCCCCUGGUGAGCCAAAGUCGGAUCCUCAAGAGGAAGAAGGCCCUGCUGAAGCUGGGAAUUGAGUCCGCAUCCAGCUCUGAUGAUGACCCCCUGUCCUUCUCCUUAGGGGACUCUGAGGACAGCAGGAGAGACAGCCGUGGCCACCGCCUCACCCGCUCUGAGGAAGAUUUGCUCAACUCCAUCGUAGCCGAGACUCAGCGGAGCAGCUCCUCGGACUGCGUCACGUCCGACAGCGGCAGGUUCUCACCCCGAGCCGAGGCGGAUCUGGUCUCCGAUGUUAUGGAAAGUCCCUGCAGCGCCUGGUCCGAUGGCAUCCCAGAGCAGGGGAGGAGCGGCUGGGGCUUCCUGCGCAAGUCCUUCUCCUACAUCUCCGCCCUGACGAGCCCUGGCAGCGCGCUGCUCCCUGAUCCGGAGCCUCUGUCGGCCCCGGUGUCAUCCUUCUCCACCCGGAUCGGGGUGUCCCGCAGACCCUUGGAGUGGCUCUUCCCUGGCUGGGCGCUGCCUAUGACCUAUGCCUUCAUCUUCCUGCUUCUAGCAGGCUGCUUCACCGUCACCAUCCUCUACGGCUCCUCCCUCCAGGACCACACUGCCCUAAUGUGGCUCAUCUCCUGCAUAUUCUCCUUCAUCACCUCCUUUGUGCUGCUGGAGCCACUGAAGGUGGUGCUGGAGGCCCUGCGUGCUGCUCUCAUCACCAAGCCGGUGGACAGCGAAGGAGAGGGGCUGGUGGAAGAGCCGCUGGUAAAGCCAGUGCCCGAGCGCAUUGGGAAGGUGCGAGCACCCUGUGGAUACGGGCUUCUCCAGGCCAAGGAGGAGGCGAGGAAAGUGCGGGCGCUGCGAGCGCUGAUGAGGAGCUGUCUCACCCACAUGCUCUUCCUCCUGGUGGUUCUGACUGUCAACUACCAGAGCUGCUUCCACCACCGCAACAUCCAUCUCCUGCAUGCUGCUGUCAGACAGGCCGUCACCGCCCCAAAUGACAGAGGACUCAACUUCUCCUCUGUGCGCAGUUAUGCCGACACGUGGGAGUGGAUAGACUCUGUGUUACUGAGCUACCUCUACAACAAUCCCCGACUGACCCUGGUCGGGGUGCCUCGUCUCCGGCAGGAGAGCUCUGCUGGGAACGUACCUCUGGAUCUGGUGCUUCCCCAACCUGGGCUUGGGUCUCUCUUGACACAUCACGUCACUAACAGAACCUGUCCCCUCUGCCACUUGUCAGCGCCCAGACCAGAGGUUUCCAGGAGUGGCCAAGUGGACAGAGAUGCGUGCUCUGACCCCAGCCUCCAGAAUUCAUCCCAUGACUCUAUCGGGUUUUGGAUCUGGGGGCACGUUGGAGUUUACCACACUAACACUGGCUGCUGGAGGGAGCUUGGAAAUAGUUCUGCCGAAGCCCGAAGGACACUGGCUGACCUGCGAGCCAGCAACUGGAUCAACAAAAGGACCAGAGCCGUGUUUCUGGAGUUUACCCAAUACAACGUUGAUGUCAACCUGUACGUGGUUGUGAUGCUCCUGCUCGAGCUCCCAUCAGUCAGACCGGCUGUUCCUUCCAUCGUCAUCCUCCCCUGCCAAAUGCUGCGCUUAGGCACGGGGCUGGACCUUCCACUUGCCCUAGUGAUCUCCCUGCUCGUCUUCAGCGUGGCCUUUCUCCUGCCGGAGCUGUCGCUCCUGUCUCAGGAAGGGGCCUCCUGUUUGGGUCAGAGCCGCUGUUGGCUCCAGCUGCUCCUGGCGCUGCUCUCCAUUGCCGUCGGCGCCUUGCACUUUGCGCACGUCUGGCUGGCAGAUGUGCAGCUCGAGCAUUACUGGGGACACCGCCAGGCCUUCACCAGCUUCUAUGAAGUGGCACUGCUGGCUCGGAUGGAAAUCUGUCUCUCAGCCCUGCUGCUGACUAUCACCAUGCUGAAGAUUGUACGGCAGCUGCGCUUUGUCCGGAGAUGGUCUGCGUUUGGGAAGACGUUCCAGCGUGCACUGGGAGAGCUACUGGCUGCCACGCUCCUCUUCCUCCUGCUGCUCCUUGUCUAUGCGCAGUGUGGAUAUCUGGCCUUCUCUGCUACAGUAGAGGAGUUCAGAACAUUUCGAUGUGCCUUCUAUGCGCUGCUUUCGGCCCUCCACGGGAAAGUGGCUUUCCUGUCCGUGAUCCAGGAAUUCCCCACCCUCGGCACUGCCUACGUCCUCAGCUUCACGGUCAGCUUGCUCUGCAUUGGCAGCCGUUUCCUUUGUGCUGUCAUCCUUCACAGUUACCGCACUGUCCAAGCUGAAAUGUACCGCCCCGCCAUUGAACCGCAGGACUACGAGAUGAUCGAGUUCUUCGUGAAGAGGUUCAAGCUGUGGAUGGGGUUCAGCAAAACUAAAGAGUUCCGCCACAAAGUAAAGUUUGAAGGGAUGGACUCCCUGAUUUCACGCUCCUCCGGGAACUCCAAAUGCUCCCGCCUCCUGUCUGCUGGCACCAUCUUCCGCUGUGCCAGCUCCACCAUCUCCUCUAGCUCCGAGGAGCUGGCCCUUUCGGAGAGCCCUGUCCCGGAGCCGUACAAUGUACAGUUUUACUUGGACCGUCUACCCUCUGCAGUCAAUAACCUUCUGGACCAGUUUGACCGGGUCAUUAGAGUCAUGGAGGACGUAUGCCAGCUGGAGAGGGGUCUGGAACAGGCUCAGAAAAGAAUUAAUGACAACAAGAAGGGACAGAAGAGCCUGCAGGGGGAGACGGUGACACCAGCUAAGCAGCUAGAGCUACCGAGGACUUACAGCACCUUCUCAGAGUCUGCCCUGGUCAGACUGAGGGCCCACAGGGCCAAGGUCUCCAACUGCAAUGCCACUGAUGGGCACAAGCUGGUCCAGCGGCCUCCAGCAGAUGAGAUACCUCACCCAGUGGCCGGGGGCACAUCCUGGCUGGUUGGCGCUCCAAUAUCAACUGAUCUCUGCCAAAGGCUUACCCAGGCACCAGGCAUUUCAUGCAAGUGGAGACCAAAGAGUGAGGAGGGGCAGGGCUGUCUGUGCCAUGAAGUUCCUCAGAGGCAGAUCCCUUUAAAGAGAAGAGCGUGGCAAACAGAAGGUGCUGGGAACAUGUAAUGAGACAAA